AUGGACGGUAGAAAUAACGCAUUCCAAUUAAAAUAUAAUGAUUAUAAGGAAAGAUUAGAACAAUUACAAUCUAAAAUAAUUGAAUUAGGUCAUGAUAAAGAUGAACAUAAUGUGGUAAUUAACACACUAGAAGACACUGAUUCCGAUAGAAAAUGUUAUAGAAUGGUCGGCAGUGCAUUGGUUGAAAGUAAUGUCCAAACUACAAUUCCAAUUCUGAUAACGAAGAGAGAUAAUUUAGAUUUGACUAUAAAUAAAAUGAAAGAAGAUCUAGUAAAAACUGCUGAGGAAUUUGAAAAAUGGAAAAAGGAUAAUAAAAUCCAAGUUGUGAGACAAUAA